UCAUUCUCGUUUUUUUUUUUUUCAAUCAAGAAUAUUUUGAAGCCGCUUAGACGGUUCUAAUUAUUAAUAGUUCACUUUAAUUAAUUAAACCCGUAUAGUAUGAAGCAAUAAGAUACACUUUCAUUUAAAAAAAAGCAAUAGUAUUUUAGAAAAAGGAACACGUAUUGUUUUUUUUAUUACAAAAGUCAACGUGGUGGGAAAACAAGAACGAAGGAAGAUAAAAAAAUCACUGCAAAUUGUUGAAUUGAAUUAUUGUUGGAAAGAAAAUAUGCAAAUUAAACAAGAAAAUUAUUAAAACUACAUGAAGAUUUAAGAAUUCUAUUAAGUAAUAAAAACAAAGAAACAUGUCUACUGAAGCACAAACUGCUGGGAAUGAGGUGGCUGAACAAAAUGGUGAUGCCAAUGCACCCAUUGAAGGCCAACCCGAAGGUCAGCAACAACAGCAGCAACAACCUCAGUCCAAAAUGGAGUCAUUCUUUGCCAUGACCAAGUCUCUGAUACUCCGCGCUCUUAUUAUAUACUUUGUGUCCUCCUUCUUUAGAAGAGGUCCACCACCUGCCGCUAAUCCAAAUGAAAAAUCCCCCGCAACUGGUCCUAAAAUCCAUGCCUGGAAUUACUUUGAAAAUGGCACACUUUUCGAUUUACACGUAUGGCUUUCGGAAAAUGCCGAUGAUGUCAACUUCCAACAAACUUCAAAUUUACUAUGGCUCCAAGAAGAUCUCAUCUAUGGCGAUUGGUCCUCAGGACCCAAUCGUGAUGGCCUUUUCCAUCAUCAAGUGACCAUUAAAGCCACACCAAAACUUAUGAACAAUGGUUCCGUUUAUCUGCACGCUUUCGUUACUAAAUCCGGAGAAUCACCAGACCCUAAAGCGCCAAAUUUUGCCAAAAAUGGUCUAAUGGGUUAUCAACAGAAACAGUUGAAUAAAUUCAAGAAAAUACGUGUUAAUCGGAAUUAUAAUCUUUUGGCUAGUGAGCAAGAGAAAUUGGCAUUUGAAUUGGCCCAGGCAAAUUUAAAAGAUACCAUUGUCUCACAUUGGCAUCCAAAUUUAACCCUGAACGUUGUUGUAGAUCAAACAAAUUGGGCUCAAGGCACAGUACCUCCACCAUUGGAUGAAUAUGUGAAAUUUGUUGAUGGUGGUAAAACUUAUUUACCCAUUGUUUUUGUUAAUGACUAUUGGAAUCUGCAGCGUGAUUAUUAUCCCAUCAAUGAGACUACCCCUGAGCUACCUUUACAUUUGACUUUCCAACCUAUCGGUAUGUUUAAAUGGCAAUUGUAUGCUGCCCAGCAGAUGAAAAACAAAUUUGCCGGUAAUGUUUUGGGUGAACUGAUGGCUUCCGGUGGCGGUGAGGAAAACGAUGAAGAUCAGGAUUCCCUUAAAGAAACUAUGUUGGAAACAAAUAUCUAUCUUUUGGGUUUAACUAUCGCUAUCUCUAUAUUACAUUCAAUCUUUGAGCUUUUGGCCUUCAAAAAUGACAUACAAUUUUGGAAUAAUCGUCAGUCUUUGGAAGGUCUUUCUGUACGUUCAGUAUUCUUCGGUGUUUUCCAGGCAUUAAUCGUUUUACUUUAUGUUCUCGAUAAUGAAACAAACUUUAUGAUUCGUGUAUCUUGUUUCAUUGGUUUGGGCAUUGAAGUUUGGAAAAUUCACAAAGUUGUCGACAUCAAUUACAAUACCGAUCAAAAAAUAUUUGGCGUACUACCAAAAAUCUCCUUUAAGGAUAAGGGCUCAUAUUCCGAAAGCGAAACAAAAGCUUACGAUAAUUUAGCAUUUAAAUAUCUCGGUUGGAUUUGUUUCCCUCUUCUAGUCGGUUAUUUCAUUUACUCCAUGGUCUAUAAUGAACAUAAAGGCUGGUAUUCCUUUUUGUUGAACAUGUUAUAUGGUUAUUUGCUGACAUUUGGCUUUAUCAUGAUGACACCACAAUUGUUUAUUAAUUAUAAAUUAAAAUCGGUUGCCCAUAUGCCAUGGCGCAUGAUGACCUAUAAAUUUUUAAACACAUUUAUCGACGACAUUUUUGCAUUUGUUAUUAAAAUGCCAACAAUGUAUAGAUUGGGUUGCUUCCGUGACGAUAUUGUGUUCUUUAUAUUCCUCUAUCAACGCUGGCAAUACCGUGUUGAUCUUAAACGUGUUAAUGAAUUCGGUUUCUCCGGCGAAAUGGCUGAACAGGCUGCACAAAAGAAACUCGAGGGUACGACACAAGCUCUCAAGGACACACCGAAAGAGGAAAAACCAGCGACAGCUGCUAAACCCAAAUCAGCAGCAGAUAAGAAGCAGGAUUAAUUUUAAGCAUUUUCUUUUCUAGUAAAUGUAUAUUAAAUAAAACAAUUUUAUAUAGGUCAGA